GAUAUGACACGGAGGUGGGGGAGCGAGGUCUGAAGCUCAGCGGGGGGGAGAAGCAGAGAGUGGCGAUCGCUCGAACCAUCCUGAAAGAACCUCGGAUCAUUCUGCUGGACGAGGCCACGUCUUCACUGGACACCCAGACUGAGAGGAACAUCCAGGCUUCACUGGCCGAGGUCUGCACCAACAGGACGACUGUCGUGGUCGCACACAGGUUGUCCACUAUUGUCGGCGCAGACCAGAUCCUGGUGGUCGACAACGGACAGAUAGCGGAGAGAGGACGACACGAAGAGCUGCUGAUGCAGGGAGGUCUGUACGCAGCCAUGUGGAUGAAACAGCAGAAAACUCACGACACGCAAACAGAAACACAGACGGAGAAUCAGACUCAGGACACAAUGCGCUGAACUAUGUUUUCAUUCCACACUCAUAGUUAUACACAUACUUGAUUUCUCUCAUAUGUGAUGUUUUGUGAUUUCAUGUAUCUGCACCCACUGUUGACUCUGCAGAAAGAGAAACCAUGCAGUUGGUCACAAAAUGAUAACAUUGAGAUCAUCUCGUCUUUCAAACCUGGUCUUGUUUUCCCUUGCAAAUAAACUGCCUUUUCAAUCACGGUUCAAGGAAAAAUAUUGUCUCAUCAUGUAAAACCAAAAGUUAACAUUCCCUUUUAUUAAUUUACAUUUUAACUUAAAUAACAAUAAACAAGUUCUAAUUUUAAGCUAAACCUGGAUCUUUUAUCAAACCUAAUCAGUAGUUUUUAUGCAUUUUUCAUUUGUUUUGUUUGAGUUUGCAACUCUAAUGACUGAAUGGCAUGAUAUUAUAAAGCAAUUUAGUUGUAUAUAAUUAUUGUGAAAUGUAUUUAAGCUGUAUAUAAAAGCCCAAAUGUCCAAACCAUUUUGAUCCGACAUUAAACAGAUCAAAUCCUAGAAGCUCCCUAAUGCAAAUGUCGAAUUACUGUAAGCAUACACUGCUGAUGUCAAACUGUUGCAUAUGAAU